CGAACGCACCGUAAACCAAAACAAUGGCGGCGCCCGUGAGCUCGGUCUCCCACAGGCCUCAUCACAUCAUCGUGUUCGGUGCCACGGGCUUCACGGGCCGGUUUGUGGUGGAGGAGGUGGCCCGCUGCGCCGCAGAGAGAACCGGGGGCGGCUCGCUGAAAUGGGCGGUGGCCGGGAGAAGCAGACAGCGGCUGGAGGAAGUGUUGGAGCGAGCCGCGGAGAGGCUGUCUAUGCCUGAGGUGAGGACAGACACUGAAAUCAUCGUUGCUGAUGUGUCUGAUGAGGAAUCGAUGGCCGCCAUGUGUCAACAAGGUGUGGUGGUUCUCAACUGUGUGGGACCAUACAGAUUUUAUGGUGAACCUGUGGUCAAAGCUUGCGUCGAAAAUGGAGCUCACUAUGUCGACAUCUGUGGAGAGCCUCAGUUCCUGGAGCGUAUGCAGCUUGAGUAUCACACCAAGGCCUCGGACAAAGGAGUGUAUGUGAUAGGCAGCUGUGGCUUCGACUCCCUUCCAGCCGAUCUGGGGAUUCUCUACACACACAGGCAAUUCAAAGGAACACUGACAGCUGUGGAGAGCUUCCUGAAAAUUAGCAGUGGGCCUGAGGGGAUGUGUGGUCAUGACACCACUUGGCAGUCUGCUGUGCACGGCUUCGCUGACAGCGGCUCUCUCCGCCAGCUGAGGAAGAAGUUUGGCCACAAGCCGCUGCCUGUAGUGGGAGCCAAAGUCCAAAAGAGGGGUUUUGUGUUUUUCAGUAAGGAGAUCGAGCAGUACGCCAUCCCAUUCAUGGGUUCUGACCCCUCCGUUGUCAAGAGAACCCAGCGUUUCCUUUACGAUGAGGAACAACAGUUACCACUCCAGUACAGCGCCUACGUCGGGGUCGGUGGCCUCUUCUCCGUGGUCAAGUUCUUUUGUGGCGGCCUGAUCUUCUGGUUCAUGACCAAAUUCAGCCUUGGCAGGAGACUCCUCACCAGGUUUCCAUCCUUCUUCUCCUUUGGCGUGUUCAGCAAGGGUGGUCCAACCACAAAGCAGAUGGAAGACACCUGUUUCAGCCUGACGUUUUUCGGGGAGGGAUACUCAGAGGAAACCGACCCCUCGAAGGGCCGACCCAACGCUAAGAUCUGCACUCAGGUCAUUGGAGCAGAACCUGGUUAUGUAGCCACAGUGUCCGCGAUGGUACAAGCAGCGGUGACCUUGCUGAAUGAAUUGCACUCGCUUCCCAGGAGGGGGGGGGUGUACACUCCAGGAGCCGCCUUCUAUAAAACCAGUCUCAUCGACCGCCUCCAAAACCACGGCAUCAAGUUCUCAGUCAGAGACCACCAGUAGCCCUUCAACAGUAACCAGUGACCACAGUAAAUGUCGCAGCAUGUACAGAUACAGAGUAUUGUAUUUGUCCUGGUAUCGACUGGAGAUGAUGCCCGACCUUUCCUCCAGUCAACAUGACGACUUCUUACUGUUAUUGUCAUUGUGAAAUCCUUGAACCCUGCAUGUUUCCUCUUUAUGUUAGAAGGUUUGCUCUCAACUCUCUGAGAUAAUCUGCUGCUGCUUCGACAUUUAUGUCUCUACAUUUGUCCACAGUUAAGUAGUUUAAUGCUAAUGUAAAACAUUUUAAUUGUCGUUUUAUUAAAUUAUUUUGAUUAUUUUAUGAAUCAUAAACAAUAUGUACAUUUGAACUUGAAAUGUAUAAACAGAGCAAUACAUUUGAACAAGACCUGCCCAAUCCUCAGGAGGAUUCUUUGGACCAGUUUUCUUGAGCUUUGGGACCUCUAGAUCCAGCUGGUUAAAAUGGGGAUGGCUAACCAGCAGGACAUAGUGGUGGUCGUCAAAGAAGAAGGGAGUGGUGAUGAACGUAGAGUUCUCAAGCAACAUCAAGAAGAAGAAACAGGAGAAGCUUGAAUAGUACCAAAGACUGAAAGGAGCUAGAGAAAAUGUGAAAAGUGAAGGCAAAGGUUGUGCCAGUUGUUUAUAUAUAUAUAUAUCAUAAUAAAUAUACAUAUUAUAUACAUAUCUGUGUGUUCGUAAACACCUUGUCUCAUCAGAAUAAACAUUUUCCCAGUAGAGCUGCAGAGAGUCGAGGUUUAUUUUCUAAAACCUUCUCACGUUGAUUUGUGUACAAGAGACCUUAACCAGCUCCAAAGAUUACUCUCCGCCUUUACUAUACUUCACAGAGUCUCCUGC